AUGCGGCUGGUUUCCGCAUGGGCACUUCUCGCUGCCGUCCCCUCCUUGGUCGAGUCGUCGCGCUUGACUCCUCCCGUGCUGCCGUUGAUUGUGCGCAACCCGUACCUGAGCACAUGGCUGGGCAACGCGAGAGACCCGCCGUGGGAGAAAUGGCCCAUGUUCUGGACAGGCCAGGAGAUCGGCUUCUCCAUCCUCGCCAGUGUGCCGGAUCAACGGACGGCGUAUCCGUUGCUGGGAAGGCCUCAAGAUUCUCUGCCCAAGAAGGAUCAGAACUACACCAUUGCCUACCCGAUCUAUCACGGCGCUACGUAUGAUGCCUCGACGACCAACCUGUCCUAUUCUCUCCCGCUCCCUGCGUUCUACUCGGAAUCCAGCCACAUCGAUAUUACCAUCUCGUUUUUGUCGCCCAUAACCCCCACUUCGACGGUCAGACAGUCGAUCCCGGCGAGUUAUGUCACGGUCUACGUGUCAGGCAAUGUGCCCCUCGACAUUUACACCGACGUGAACGGUCAAUGGGUGAGUGGUAAUCGGGGCAGUAAAAUUGUCUGGGGACUCGACCAUACGGCCUUGGAGGACACAUCCCACGGCUUCAAGACGUGGAAAGUGAAGAGGGCAGUGGAGCAGCUCUUUACCGAGUUCCAAGAUCGUGCUGAAUGGGGUACCCUAUACUUCUCGGCGCCUUCGGACGUGCGCCAUGAGGCUGGUGUUUCGGCGCGAUUGAGGCAGCACUUUGCCCGGACCGGGACGCUUGGAGACCGAGUCGACCAGGAUUUCCGCUCCAUCAUGGACGAGGAACCGGUGUUUGCCUUUGUGAAGGCAUUUCCCCUGAACAGCACCCGUGCCUCACACCACCAGCAGAGUGUCACAUUUACCCUCGCGCAUAUUCAGGACCCAGUGGUCCAGUUUGCGGCGGCUCGAGGCUUGACCUACAUGCGCCCUCUGUGGGAGUCUUACUUCCCUACUGUCCAAGAAGUGCUCACUUUCCACUAUCUCGACUUUCACCACGCACGGACGUUAGCAGCUAACUACUCGGCACAACUGGCUGUCGACGCUUACAAGUCUGGCGCUGAGGACUAUGUGGACAUCGUCGCCCUGUCUGCGCGCCAAGUGCUCGGUGCGACGAGCUUCUCUGGCACGCCCGACGAUCCGAUCUUGUUUCUGAAGGAGAUUUCCUCGAAUGGAAACUUCCAGACCAUUGACGUGAUCUUCCCAGCCUUCCCAUUCUUCCUGUACACCAACCCUCGCUGGCUCGGAUACCUCCUUGAACCGCUCAUUGAGCACAUGUUGAGCGGGCAAUAUCCUAACAAGUAUGCCAUGCACGACCUGGGCUUUCAUUUCCCCAACGCCACCGGCCAUCCGCUUGGACAAGACGAAUACAUGCCGGUGGAAGAGUGUGGAAACAUUCUCAUCAUGGGUCUGGCCCUAGCCAAUGCUUUGAAGAAUGGCGAGGGCUGGUCUGCCUCUGCUGCCUGGCAGCCCAUGUCGGGUGUUCCGGUCCCCACGGUCCUGUCAGAAAACAUUGCCCCCUUGUCUGUCGGCAAGGACGAUGAUAUCCUUUACAUCGACAAUGCGUGGGCUGGUCAGUCCGAUAGCCUGAACAAAGCCAGAAAGUGGGUACACAGGAGCUACCGACUAUGGAAGCAGUGGACAAGCUAUCUGGUCGAAUUCGCCUUGUUGCCCCACAAUCAGCUGUCGACCGACGAUUUUGCUGGCUGGCUGGCGCUGCAGACAAACCUGGCCCUCAAGGGCAUAAUAGGUAUCAAAGCCAUGGCUGGCAUCGCCGAGAUCGCCGAGUAUCACGAGGACGUCAAAGUGUACAACAACAUCUCCAAGGUCUACAUUGCAAAAUGGGAGGAGUACGGCAUUUCGCGGGACAAGACCCAUGCCAAGGUUGCCUACAACUGGUAUGGUUCUUGGACUACCACCUACAACCUCUACGCGGACAGCCUGCUGUGCUUCCACCUUGGGGACAACUCUUCGUCGACCAGCAAGUCGUCGAUCGCGGGCCGCUUGGAGUAUCAGAAGCCCCUGAAGGAUUCUAUUCCUGGGGAUAAGGAUGGCUUCGUGCCCAAACAUAUAUAUCAGAUGCAAAGCGAUUGGUACUACACAGUGCGACAGAAGUAUGGCCUGCCCCUCGACUCAAGGCAUCUGUACACCAAGACCGAUUGGGAGUUCUUCGCCAUGGCCGUUGCCGCCCCCAAAGUCCGAGCUGAGAUUCUGCAAUCGGUCGCAAAGUGGGUGAACGAGACCGUGACAGACCGACCGUUCACGGAUCUCCACCAGACGGAAGGGAAAGGAGACUUUCCCGGGCCAAACUUCUUCGCUCGACCAGUCGUGGGAGGUCAUUUUGCAUUCUUGACUCUGGGACAGGCAUGCGGCGGGAGAGCGAAUGACGGGUUGAAAUUUCUGGAUGACAGUGUCGUGAAGGAGAUGGAUGUAGAGGCGGUACUGAAUGCGGAAAUGGCUGACGCUGCAUGGCACACGCUUGAGCUAUAG